CCUCAUUUUUUAUCUUCUUCUCUUUCAUCUCCUCCUUCUUCUUCUCCUCCUUCUCCUUCCUGCGUGAAGGGUCUUUCUUGGGUGUCUCCAUUUCCCUUUACGGAGGAGCAGAGUUGCUGAAGCCCAAGGCUGAAGGGUUGGGGCUCUUUCUGCCGAAGAGUUGGGAAGGCCAAGGGGGCCUCCUCCUGGCAGCCGGCAAGGGCCCCCUUUAGCGCCCCGAUGGCCCUCUCCUCUCUCCUCCGGAGCGGAGCCCCCCCGGAGCCCUCGGCGGGGCCUGAGGGGGGGCCCUGGGGCUGGCGCUGCUGCUGCUGCUGCCUCCUCCUCCUCGCCGCCGCCGCUGCUGCGAGGGGUGGCCUCUGCUGAGGAAGAAGAGGGAGGCUCUUCCCCCGCCUUGGCCUGGUGGUCCCCCUCCGGAGCAGAACGAGCCCCGGCUUCCUGGCUGAGCUUCCCGCCCGAGGCUGGGAUGAAAGCAUCGCAGAAGCCGAAGAGGUGCCUCCUCCCCUCGGACGCCUCUCGCUCGCCUUCCCGCCUCGGACUGAGCGAAGCGGCAAAGGAGAAGCAGCCCCUCCCCAAAAGCGCUUCUCCUCUCUCUUCUUUUCUCCCCACCCUCUCCUUCCUUCCUCCCUUCCUCUGCUUUUGCCCCGAGGGGCUUGGCUGCUGCCGCCGCCGCCGCCGCUGAUGCUGACUUUUUCGGGGAUUAGAGCCAGCCAGCGCCCCCCUCUCGCAACCCCAGCUGCAUCUGGACACACACACAGAGAGAGAGAGAGCUGUGGGGAUGAGUGUGGGCACAACCCUCCACUUCUCUGGACCCCGACAGGUUCCCUCCUGAGCUUCUGAAGCUGCAUGAUCCUGUUGCAGCUGGAGCUCUGUCUCUUCCAGCACUCCAAAAACUGACCUACAUAGGAUCGCACCUUGCAAGGACCCUCGGUGGUUACUCGGUGGUGGACCUCCAGCUUUGAGACCAGGGCUUCCAGGCCCUGCCUGCCAUCUUGCGCUUCGCCAGGAGCCCAGGGAGCCAGAAGCACAAGGUGACGGGAGAAGACUUUGGCUGGAGACCUUGGCACGCUUGACCUACAUGGACCGAUGGACCAACCUUGUCAGAAAGCUAAGCAGAUAACAGUGGACAAGAGGGACCCAUGGCCUGUCUUUCCAAAAGAAAGAUGGGCACCACUGCCAGGCUAUCUGCGACCAAAGAGGUCAGCCCUCUCGGCAUGAGAGACUCUUGCCUGUUUGUGUCCCUCCUUUGUAGGUUCAUGAAGAGAGAGGCAACCAUAAGCAUGGGGCUUUGAUCACACCAAACUGGACUUCAGCCACUCAGUUUGCAAGAGGCCCCUUACUUCCUCACCCAAUCCUACUACAGUCAAUGGGUGGUAGAUGGGGUUGCACUUUACAAAGCUGACCGCCUGGACAGAAGGAACAUCCAGUGCCAAAGAAGGGAUGGGAAGGAACUUUGCUUCUGCAAUAACCUCGGAUCCCCUUGUCAGGAGAGUGAGAGGAGGCAUCUGUUGGUCAAUGUGAUUCGUCUGACCCACCUGGCUGCCCUGAUACCCACCACCAUCACACACACACACCAUGGAGUUGUCAGAGGUGCGCUGCUUGAGUGACAGUGACGAGUUGUACACCAUUAACCAGACUCCCCCUGGCAGUGGUGCCCGCUCCCAGCGCCUGCUGUGGCAAACCGCGCUGCGCCAUAUCACCGAGCAGCGCUUCAUCCAAGAGCACAGCAGCAGCAGCAGCAGUAGCAAAGCACUGGCCUCAGAGGAAUCCUGUUGCUCCAACCACUCUCAUCAUCCUCGACGCCAGUCGGCAGGCAAGAGCCUCGGCAGCCACAACAACGGGGGUACAAAAGUCUUCCCAGAGCGCACCAGCAGCAGUGGGGACCUGGGCUUCCUGCACUUGGAUGGCGCACCCAGCAACUCAGACUUCUUCCUCAACUGGGGCUACACUUACCGGGGUGUGAUCUUCCCAACUUUGCGCAACUCCUUCAAAUCCCGGGACUUGGAGCGCCUCUACCAGCGCUACUUCCUGGGCCAGAGGCGCAAAUCAGAGGUGGUGGUGAACAUCUUGGAUGUGCUCACCAAGCUGACCCUCCUGCUACUCCACCUCACCUUGGCCUCAGCCCCCAUGGACCCCCUCAAGGGCAUUCUGCUGGGCUUCUUCACAGGCAUUGAAGUGGUCAUCUGUGCCUUAGUGGUGGUUAGGAAGGACACAACCUCUUACACCUACUUGCAGUACAGUGGGGUGGUCACUUGGGUGGCCAUGGCGACACAGAUUUUGGCGGCUAGCCUGGGAUGUGGGCUUCUCGGUGAUGGCAUUGGCUAUGUGCUCUUCACCCUCUUUGUCACCUACAGCAUGCUGCCUCUGCCCCUGACUUGGGCCAUCCUGGCUGGCUUAGUCACGUCCCUCUUGCAGCUUGUCAUGCAGAUAGUCAUACCCAGGCAGAUGGUGACCUCCAUCAACCAGACAGCAGCUCAAGCAGUUUUAUUUAUGUGCAUGAAUACUGCUGGGAUCUUCAUUAGCUAUCUAUCAGACCGAGCACAACGACAAGCCUUCUUAGAGACCAGAAGAUGUGUAGAAGCUAGACUGAGGCUAGAAACAGAAAACCAGAGGCAGGAGAGGCUGGUCCUAUCUGUGUUACCUAGAUUUGUAGUUCUGGAAAUGAUUAAUGACAUGACCAAUGUGGAAGAUGAACAUUUGCAGCAUCAGUUUCACAAGAUCUAUAUUCACCGCUAUGAAAAUGUCAGCAUUCUUUUUGCAGAUGUAAAAGGAUUCACAAAUCUCUCUACAACACUCUCAGCCCAGGAGCUGGUCCGAAUGCUAAAUGAACUCUUCGCCAGAUUUGAUCGCUUAGCACAUGAACAUCACUGCCUUAGAAUUAAGAUCCUUGGGGACUGCUACUACUGUGUAUCUGGGCUUCCUGAGCCUCGGCAGGACCAUGCUCAUUGUUGUGUUGAAAUGGGACUCAGCAUGAUCAAAACAAUCAGGUAUGUAAGGUCAAGGACAAAGCAUGAUGUUGAUAUGAGAAUUGGAAUACACUCUGGAUCUGUGCUGUGUGGUGUGUUGGGUCUACGGAAGUGGCAGUUUGAUGUCUGGUCUUGGGACGUAGACAUUGCAAAUAAACUUGAAUCAGGUGGAAUCCCUGGGAGAAUCCACAUUUCCAAGUCUACUCUAGAUUGUUUAAAUGGAGAUUAUAAAGUUGAAGAAGGGCACGGCAAGGAACGCAAUGAAUUCUUGAGAAAGCACAACAUCGAGACCUACUUGAUCAAACAGCCAGAGGAAAAUUUGUUGAUGCUGCCUGAAGACAUUGUCAAAGAGGCAGUCACUGCUUCAGACAGAAGAAACAGUGGGGCAACAUUCACGGAAGGAUCAUGGAGCCCUGAGCUUCCUUUUGACAACAUAGUAGGAAAGCAGCAUACUCUGGCUGCCCUAACAAGAAAUUCAAUAAAUCUGCUUCCAAACCAUCUUGCACAAGCUUUGCAUGUCCAGUCUGGGCCUGAGGAAAUUAACAAGCGAAUAGAGCACACCAUCGACUUGCGGAGUGGCGAUAAAUUGCGAAGAGAGCAUAUCAAGCCUUUCUCCCUGAUGUUUAAGGACUCUAGCCUGGAGCAUAAGUAUUCCCAAAUGAGGGAUGAAGUGUUCAAGUCAAACUUGGUGUGUGCAUUCAUGGUCCUCGUAUUUAUCACCGCCAUCCAGAGUUUGCUUCCUUCUUCAAGGAUGAUACCAAUGGUUGUCCAGUUUUCAAUCCUGAUUAUGCUGCAUUCAGCUCUCGUGUUGAUCACCACUGCAGAAGAUUACAAAUGUUUGCCUCUUGUCCUCCGGAAAACUUGCUGCUGGAUUAAUGAGACCUACUUGGCCCGAAAUGUUAUAAUCUUUGCCUCAAUUAUGAUUAAUUUUCUGGGAGCUGUCAUCAAUAUUCUAUGGUGUGAUUUUCACAAUCCAGCACCCUUUAAGAAUCAGACUUUCAACUCUUCUGUGUAUCUUUCAGACAUUUGCUCCUAUCCAGAGUAUUUUGUCUUCACUGGAAUUCUGGCAAUGGUGACCUGUGCUGUUUUCCUCCGUCUGAAUUCUGUCCUCAAGUUGGCGGUGCUGCUUAUCAUGAUUGCAAUCUACUGCUUCCUUACUGAAACCAUUUAUGCUUCCCUGUUUCUACAAUAUGAUGACAUCAAUCAUAAUGGAGACACAGACUUCCUGGGGACCAAAGAGGCCUCUUUGCUUCUUAUGGCCAUGUUUUUGUUAGCUGUCUUUUAUCAUGGCCAACAGCUUGAAUACACAGCAAGGUUAGACUUCCUGUGGCGUGGCCAAGCCAAAGAAGAAAUCAAUGAGAUGAAGGAAUUAAGAGAGCAUAAUGAAAACAUGCUCCGCAAUAUCCUCCCAAGUCAUGUUGCCCGUCACUUCUUGGAGAAGGACCGAGAUAAUGAAGAACUGUAUUCUCAGUCCUAUGAUGCUGUUGGUGUCAUGUUUGCUUCCAUCCCUGGCUUUGCCGACUUUUACUCCCAGACCGAAAUGAACAAUCAAGGUGUCGAGUGCCUGCGUCUGCUGAAUGAAAUCAUUGCUGACUUCGAUGAGUUGCUAGAUGAAGAAAGAUUUCAAGACAUAGAAAAAAUUAAAACCAUUGGGAGCACAUACAUGGCUGUAUCAGGAUUAUCUCCUGAAAAACAGCAAUGUGAAGAUAAAUGGGGCCAUUUAUGUGCACUGGCAGAUUUCUCCAUUGCACUGAAUGAAAGCAUUCAAGAGAUCAACAAGCAUUCAUUUAACAAUUUUGAACUUCGCAUUGGUAUUAGCCAUGGCUCUGUUGUAGCAGGCGUUAUUGGUGCUAAGAAACCCCAGUAUGAUAUCUGGGGCAAAACAGUUAACUUAGCUAGCCGAAUGGACAGCACUGGCAUUAGCGGCAGAAUGCAAGUGCCUGAGGAAACAUAUCUCAUCCUGAAGGACAAGGGAUUUGCCUUUGACUACCGGGGAGAAAUCUAUGUCAAAGGCAUUAGUGAGCAAGAAGGAAAAAUCAAAACAUAUCUUCUUCUGGGAAGAGUGCAGCCAAACCCUUUAAUCUUGCAGCCAAGAAAACUGACUGGGCAAUAUUCCUUAGCUGCUGUCGUAUUAGGGCUUGUACAGUCUCUUAACAGGCAAAAACAGAAGCAAAUCCUAAAUGAGAACAAUAAUUCUGGUAUCAUAAAAGGUCACUACAACCGACGGACUUUGCUAACUUCCGGGGGAUCAGAAUCGACAACCCAAGCAGAGGGUGCCGAUAAAACUGAAUUGCCAUAAGCCUGCAUCUUUGUGUUUUUUCUUUCUUUUUU